UAGAAUCAAUUAUAACUAUAUUUAGAAUUAAUUAUGAAAUCGUAAUAACGAAGUUGUUUUCGAACGGAUAAAAAUCGUGUAUUCAUUAAGGAUAAUUUCGUCUUUUAAAAAAAAAUGUUAUGUUUUUUCUGGUGUACGCGUGAAAUAGGUGCGAUGAAAGUGGGUCAUGUGAGUAAAUUCCCAAAUAAAAGAUCGACAUUAGGAAUCCGAAACCAAGGUGCCUGCAUUCACUACCUUCUGCAAUCGGAGCUCUUUAUCUCUUCCCGUUUCUCGUGUGCUUCAAGGAUUUCAUUGUCAUAGUUCUGAAGGAGAAAAUUUCCAAAGGAAUUACCUUUUGUCGGUUUCCGGGUUUUUGGGUUUCUGGGUUCGGGUCGAGAUGAGUCAACUCGGUGACUUGCUCAGGGAAACAUCCGACAGAACAGGAAGUGGGAGAACUGUAAUUCUGGGUUUGCUCGAAGACCGAUCCGACGGCGGAGAUCGAGCGAGUAGCAAGUGGAGAGCGCUGAAGCGACGGCUGAGAUUGAGAGGCGUGAGCUGCUGUUGUGGUGUACCCUCUUGGAGUCUCCGACCGAUUACAAUCGCCGUGGAAGAAGACGACAACUACCGGGUCGUUGACUUUUCGGAUCCAGAUCCGGGUUCGGAUUCGGGCUAUUUGACACGUGGAAUUUCGAACCUCGCGGAGGCUCUUGCGGCGGAGCGACAGGCGCUUGAGGAGAGCGUGACGGAGAUGACGGCGGCGGCGAAGAAGGUGCCGUUGAUGAGCCUGAUGGCGGAAUCGGACGGCUGUGAUUCGACGUGGUUGGGGUGUGAUCGGGUGUGCUGCGUGUGCAUGGGAAGGGAGAAGGGCGCGGCAUUGAUCCCCUGCGGGCAUACGUACUGUAGAGUAUGUUCCCGAAAGAUAUGGUUGGACCGUGGCACGUGUCCGCUUUGCAACCGUCUGAUCCUUGACGUUCUCGAUCUUUACUGAAACACGGUGACUAGAACGUUGGAUUGAUGUGUAUGUCGUCGGUCUUGAUCAACGGUGGGGAUGCACCCUUUGUUUAUAUAUAUAUAUAUUAGAAAAAAGGGUGUAAGAAAGAAAGAAAUAAAGAAAAAAUGUAGAUCUCAGUGUUAACAUAUAAAAAAAAAAUCAGAACUAUAACGAUUCGGGUGCUAAAUAAUAAGCAUAUGAUAUUGUUCAUGUGAGAGAAACAAUGAUUGUAAUCUUUUUUGUGGACAUAUAUAAUUUGUUAUAUCCGAUUAAAUCAAAAUAUGUUAAAAGGCCCAUAUGCAC